AAAAUAUUUUCAUUUUACUACGCUCACGGAAUCGAAGAUUUUUUGUUGCAUUUGCAAGAAAAUAUCUCAAAACAAUGUAGAAAUCACGGUUUUAAAAGAAAAUAAGAACCAACCGAAAAAUUCGUAGUCCCUCUUUAAAUUUUAAGCAAUUCUUUAAUAUAAAAUGAGUGGAAAAAUAAAUGCAGAAAUUGAAAAUUGUGUCCGCAACAACAUCAAUUGGCAGAAUCUACCAGUUCACCUCAAACAGAUUCUCCACAACAAUCAGAAAGACUAUGAACGUUACGUAUUCAAUUACAGCUUGAAAAAUCAACUACGACAUCGUGGGAAUUUAGCUCGAAAAGUAUUUCGCAAUGAACAACGUUACUAUGAGCUACUUGUGCAAAAAAGCGUCAAUUGUCUUUGCCUAUUCCCGUAUCAUUUGGCUGACAUAAUAACAAAAGGUUUACGAGUAACUCCAUUUAAUUAUUAUUUGGAUGUAAUAAGUACUUUGGUUAAAAAUGAUAAAAGUUAUGAUACAUUGCCAAAUUUCACAGCUGCUGAUUGUCUAAGAGUUCUUGGAAUUGGUCGAAAUGAAUAUUUGGCAUUAAUAAGCGAUCUCAAAACAAAUACGUCCAAGUUGCUCUUUAGCAAACCAAAUCCGAUGACAUUUUUGCCCAAAUUUCCAAUCAGAAUCAAUAUUGAACCAUGGUGGAAAGUAGAAGUUGGUUAUGUCUUAGAAAGUGAUAUUAGGUACGUAAAUGAUGCUGAGAGAAGUCUUAUCGAUGAUUUGAUUGAUUUUGGCUCCCAGACAGCUGGAAAAUGUGAUUAUGCUGUUAUUCAUAGUCUUUAUAGGAAAGGUCUUAUCUAUUUGGAUGUACCAAUUAGUGGAGAAGAUCGAAUAUGCAUUCCACCACUUCGUAAUUUUGUAAUGAAUCGUGUUAGUGGCGAUUAUUUUGAGAAUCUUCUCUACAAAAUCUUUGUAAGCACCGAUGAACAUAUGACCAUGUCUGAGUUGGCCAAUAUGCUUCAAAUUGACUUGGACACCGUCAAACAAGCAGUUUCGCUUUUCUGUCGUCUGGGAUUUGCUAAGCGAAAGGAUCCCCUCGAUGAUAGUUUCACGGCAAUUUAUCAUCCAAGUUGGGACAAGAGCAAACGUGAAGCACAUCAAGAUGAUCGUCCACAAGUUACCCCACUGAAUUAUCACUCACUGUUGAUCAAUGAAGAUGGCACCGGGCUCAUUACACAGGAGAAUAGUCCAAAACAACAAAAAGACAAUAAUUCCAUUGAAUAUGUUUCGGAUGAGAACAAUAGUGAUUUUUCAUUCCCAAAUGUCCCCACACCAUCGCCAGUGCAAGAGACGAAGAGAACAGUAACAACAACCACUGACAAGGGUAGUUCAGAGAAUGAAUUGAGUUCAGAGCUGGAGGAUGUGAGUGAAGCUGCAAAUAAAUCAUUGAAAGAAAGCCCCAGUCCGAAGAGUGGAAAACGUGUUGGAUUUUUGUUUGAUUCGACGUUGACGGCAUUUUUAAUGAUGGGUAAUUUGUCGCCAGGACUUAAGAAUCAUGCAGUUACUAUGUUUGAAGUGGGCAAGUUGUGUGACGAGAGUAUGGAUACAUUCCUGGCUGAGUUGGAGAAGGUAUCGUUGCUCGAUGCUGAGGGAGAGGGAGAUGUUAGCAGAUAUUUUGCUCAUGCAAUUAUUUUGCGAUCAACUAUAAUUGCUUUGAGGAAUGUGCUUCCUGGUGGACUGGAUCUACUGCGAUUAGAGUGUUUGGAGAGCUUAGAUCAUAAGACUAGAGAUCGGCUCUUGGAAAAGAAAUACAAAUUUAUCAUAUCGGCAUCGCCUCUCACUGGUUUAACAACACAUGUGUUCAACAUUCCAUUUUUUGGCCAAUUCUAUAGGAGUUCUGAGAACUCUCAUUUGUGGUCGAAAUUAUUCUACUAUCAUAUAUCUGGAUAUGGGCCACCAAGUUUACUCCUUUGUAAAGGAACCACACUGAAAUCACUACCCCGCCUGUUCUUGGGUUAUGGCAAACUUCUGGUCAAUAUCCUACAUAGCGAUUCAUAUGUUAUAAAUUCAGAGAAUUUCCGGAAUCUUAAUGAUCAACUUAAGAAUGGUUGCAUUCUGUUGCAAGGCUAUGGAAUACGUGCGCCAGGUGAACUGCGCUAUGAAGCUUUUCCGUUUAAUGAAAAAGACGGUCGUCAAACUAUGUGGUCCGAGCACAAAGCUGUUCGAAAUUUGCGCAAUCAACUUGAUUUGGAGAAUACUUGUGGUUUUAUAACUUUUGUAAACACUGGAGUGGCUGAUAUUGGUUGCGAUAGCUAUGAUGUUGAUGUGCAUAUGGAGCGUCCACGGGUAAAGAAAAAGAGUAUACCCGGUGGAGCGGUUGAAGUGAAGACGCCAUCCUCCGAACCUUCUGCAAACAUAGUCUCUACAAAAAAAGCUAAUAAAACCAUUACCCCGGAAUUAACUUCACCCCAAGAUCCCUCCGAAGUGACCAGCUUCAAUCGCCAAACACCGACUAAACGGGCAGACUUGAAGAGUCCAGAUGAAGAUUACUUUUCGGUGACGCCUCAGCAUGGUUCGCCAUCAAAUGUCUUCAUGUCGGAAGACUGCAACGAAUUGCUAGCAUCUGAGUUGGCCAAAUGUGAACCUACCAGGGAACUGGUAUCCCAAGGUUCAGUUGAAAUUCCUAUGCAAUCUGAUGAGAGGCUCUCCUCGUUGGACUCUCAUUCGAAGGAAGACUUUGGAGAGCCCUGGACUGUGCUUGAUGUUAACUUUGGCGUCCCACUAUUCGAUGUCGAUUGCAAUACAAGGAUUUGUGAAUACAUUGUACGGAAUUUGUGCAACGAUGAAAGCUUACAACGAUUACCGGCCAUUAACGCUGCAAUGAAUGAAAAGUUCCUCAAGUUCAUCAAACAGUGCUUGUACUUUGAAGAUGAAAAUGUUGGACUGAUUAAAAUCGGAAAAAUCCUGCCACACCCGCGAAUUAAUUUAGCAUUUGAAAAUGGCAAAGUCUGCUACUGGAAUGGCAAAUAAAACUAUAAUUUAUAUAACUCCUUCACAUUCCUUUUUUAUAUACAUACAAUAUAUAUAUAUAUACUUUUACAUAAUAUAUUAUUUCUAUGUAGUUAUAGUUUCCAUUAUCCCAUAUCCUAUACCCCCACCCCCUAUUCCCUUAUCUUUCUUCCAAUAUUAUAAACCAACAAUAUACUUACUUUUCAAGUGUUUUUGUAUAACAGAAAUAUUAAGAUUGGAUCAUAAAAUUAAAAUAAUUAAAAGAAGCUCUUUGGACCGAUUGAAAAUGGUUCAAAAAGUAUUGUGUACCUUAUGCGAUUGACAAAAGAAAAUAAAUAAACAAAACAACAAAUUGUAUGCAUCUUAUAUGCCAAAAUAAUAAAAUAGCAAACUUGCAAUAAUUCUUAUGAAAUAAGAUAAUUUAUGUUUUCAUUCCAGAGAUAAAAGAAUAACGACAAAACAGCUAAGUUAAAAAAAAAAAAACAAACAAAACAUUUAUAGAAUUUUACAAAUUCCUUAGUUUUUUUAAUUCAAUUUAUUAUUAUUUUUUCGUUUAAAUAUUGAUUUUGUUUUUAUUUUACACACCUACUACUAACCUACUUAAUUUUGUUUUAUUUUAGAAAUAAAAAAUUAAAAGUUUAUUUAAACACA